CAGCAUCCAUCUUCACCUUUAAAGCAACACGAGGUGCAAAUUUUGCUUAUAGCCUAAUGUGACUUCUGAACCAUGACUAGCCUCGCCGCCGCUGUUCAUAGCCUGAAUCAAAGCAUACAAAGAGGCCGCUCGGAAGCGCUAGAACAACUGAGACGCAUUGGAACAAUCCUCGUCUCAGGUGGUCCCGACAGCCCUGGACAGCUUACUCGGACACUCGACCCACAGACUACAGCGCUACUUGCUCACUUCAUCACCAGUCAGCUGCCAUCGCAGACGCGCAAGCACAUCAACUACCUUACCCACUCGCUAGAAUGUCCAUGGACUAUCAGUGCUGCGGAAUUGUACGCUCUCUUUGGCAAAGCGGUUAGCAGCGAGCGGUUUCUGCGCGGUCUCCGCGAGGUCUCGCAACAGUGCGACGACUUCCCGCGUGCUUUCAUGAGCCUGCGAGCGCACCAGCAGCAACGUAUGCAAGGCGUGCCUAAACGCGGAACCUCUGGUACUGCAGAGUGGCAGCCUGCCGACACACAGGCCGUAGCCGCAGAGUUUGCGCAAACCGGUACUUCUACCGCGUCCUCUACCGCCUUAUUACCAUCCGCCAUGGACGUGGACGAAGCGACGUGCCAGAUUCCGUCUACAAUCACUGGACGUCCAUCCGUCACCGCACGCAAGCAGCAUGAAGACACUGGGAACUGUGCCACUUUUGUGGCAAGCUUACGUGCGAAUGCGUCUGGCGGCGAAGUGACGCGGACCGUUGGCGCGAGCAAGGAAGAGGACGAAGCGACCGAGCAGUCCGUGGAGCUCGGACGUGGGGAUGCUUCAGCAAAAGCCGAUCGGAGCUCACCAAAUAGUGUUGAUGAUCGCAUUCCCGCCUACUCUGACGAUGACGGUGAUAGUGCCCAGUGGCAGCCUGUCGAAACGGGCGCGACGUUCCACGACACUAAUAGCGAAGUCGCUGACAUGAGGACCACCAUCGAGACUUUCCUGCAGCAUAGGAAUCCGCAUGGACGUAACGUGCUCGUAUCGAUUGACGGUGAGAAAGAGAUCGACCCUUGCAAAGCUGUUGCUACCGCUGUCGACAUCAAGCCAAAUAGCCGGAACACUGAAGACCGUGUGGACCAAGGAGAAGUUACGUUGCCUGUCAGUCGCAAGCGAAGUCGCACUCGGUGUUCGCCUGAGCGCUCACCGAAGCGACGGCUGAUCGAGAAUGGUUUUUCAACACCGCCACAAUCUUUGGUUGGAACCGUGACCCCAACGCAUCGUGCCACCUCACCCAAAUUGCAUGAUGACGCUCCGCAUAUCGACAUGUCUGCGAACGAAGCAACAUCGAUAGAGGAGGUCAGCGAUACGGAGUCUAAGCGUGGUCCAUCUCCAGGCCGGCAACCUUACGACCGUUUCCGAGCGGAGCCUCUUGAUGCUCCUAUCUCACGGGUGUGCCAAGAGCCAGGCGACGUGAACACAGCUAUUAAUCCGGAACCUCUCUGCUUUCGCACUGGCCGCCCAGUCCCAAGCCAUGAAGAUCGGCUCAAAGUGCUUCAGACACUGCAACCGGACGCUUGGCUCAGUACUUCGUCCAUGCACUUGCUCCUUGAUGCCUUGAACCCGGAUCCGGACCAUGUGCAUGUCGUAGACUGUGGCGUCGCAGGCUCCGGAAAAGUCAGGAGCCGUUACCAGCCAUUGCGGAAUGACUUGCGGAGGAUCAUCCUUCCGAUGUGUCUCAACGAGAACCACUGGACUCUGGGGAUGCUAGACUUAGAGACGAAAUGUGCUUUCGUGUUCGAUCCUAUGAACCGCCAGGCUGCUUUAACGAGUACCUCGAAUAACCUGCGUGCCUUUGCAUCAUGCAUCACCGCUGUGGAGGCCCUGCAGUGGAAAACUUUUCAGAUGUUGCCUGCACAGGCGGACAUGACCAAUUGCGGCAUUUACACCAUCGUUUGCGCAAUGCACUGGCUACACAAGGAGCACUGUCUUCGCCAACCAGACGCAAAUGUUUGGCGUCGAGCGCUCUCGCAUGCUGUGUCCGCUUCGUUGACUCCUGAAGAUGAGUUACAACCCCCAAUAUCAAUGUCUGUGCCGCCCUUCGAAGGUGCUCCAAUAUCCUAUAACGAUACUGCCGUGAACACGCUUAACCGCUCCUUGGUAGACCUGAAGACGCAACUCGUCGAUCUGGAGGAGCGGUCAGAGCGCUUCGCCAAACUUCGUACCGCCGUCCAGCAAGUCGAACGUAUAGCAGAAAUGGCGCUAGAAGUACAAGCACGGCGUAUUCCUCACCCAUUGCUGUCGCACGCCGCAUCUACUUAUGAAGCGGCCAUCAGUCUGCCAGAGAAGGAUCCCUUGCGACCUGAGGGGAUCACAUGGCAGUAUUUCCGACGGCUGAACGCAACUUCGACGAUGGAAAAGAAUGGCCUUAGCUUCUUGCGUGCGCUCAUGGCUCAGGUGAAAUUCGAUGCGACGUUUUAUGACCGCGAGCUCCAGGCGAUGGACGCAAGGAGGACCGACACGCUUGACGAUCUACGGAAGGUCAACAUUUCGAUUGCAGACCUACUCCAUACGGCAACAUUCGCGCCCGACAAGAUUCAAGCAAGUGUGACAGACGCCAGUGUCGGACAAUAUAUUGCCGCAGUCUGUUCAUGAUGCUACCCUUCCAUUCCGGGCCGCUGCGCGGCAUCGGCGAUUGAGUUUGACUACCGCAAUGCAGUUGUCGAUCCGAUACUGCAUAACUCUCCGGGGUUCAGUCUUCUCUGCAGCUUAUUGUUUUUGCGAAACGCCGCCGUGGUCGAGGGUCGCUGAUGCACUCACAAACAAAUCUCUCAUGGGAUUGAGGGUGUGAUGACGUCGCGAAAGACGUGGGCGGAUGAAGCGGAGCGCGAUAUGCCAGAGGGGAAAGGCCGCGAUAGUACAAGUUCACCCCGAAGGUUCUCCCAAGCCGCGCUGUUUACACGGAAUUCUAGCGUUGCAUUCUCCAUCUGCGAUAUUUCCUGGCUUCAUCUGAGAGUCAUUGGUCACAUGUUGGGCGUGUAUCGUAAAGCGACUGAAUGCAGUUCCCAGCCG